AUGGCUUCUUUUCAAUCUGGCACCUCCAUCAACGUCAGCUCCAAGUCUAUCACCCACAUUGAUUUAACUCAAUCAUCACCAUCGCCCCCUCCUGUCUGUCGCGCAGACUCUGCUACUACUCAGGCGCGCUUCGCUCCCGAUUUCUCUAUUGAGCGGCGUCCAUCUUCCACCCACACACCUGUUAGCCCCCCCAGGCUGAAUAGAUCUUCGACUUCCAUUACUGCCAGCUUUCCCAAGCAGCCUUCUACUGAGCCAGCACGCCCGUCACCAGUAGUAAUCAAAGGCGAGCAGAAGGUGACUCAAGUGACUGUCAGCGUCGACAAUGCCCACAGUAUGGCAAAGCUGUCUAGUGUGUCAGCUUCCAACUCGGCAUCUCGUCAGGUAACGCCAGAAGUUGAACAAGAUGUCGACACGUCAAUGCAACAACCUGAACCUACCUCUCCCAAAUAUCAAACGCCCAGAAAGCCUGAAUGGGAUGUGGCUACUGUUGCAAAAAAGUUGACCGAGUUUCGUCAGGAUAUUAAAGAUGGACACAGCCGCAUGACUACUUAUGUCGUUGAAUCAACAAAACCUACAGAGCGACGGGUUCUCAAUGGCAACGAUCUCUUCGCUGGUAUCACCACUGGACCGGUACCAGCCAAGAAGGGCGAAACCAUGAGAAUCAGACACAAGGACCACACUGCCACUAAGUCCAAGAAAAACAGACGGGAUGAUCACUAUCGGAUCGUACGGAUUCAAACAGAUGAAGAGCGUGUUCCCAAGUAUCGCUUUCACCACGUGGAAAUCAAAAAGAACAUUCUCACACCAAACACCAUGUUGAAAUUUGUACCCCACUUGAGGGACAUUGAAGACUCGGAAGACAAAAGAUACAAUCUUUGGAUACAGGAAUUGGAAGACCUUGACCGCGAGAGUGGAUUUGAACCCCUGAGUCGCGAAGAAAAGGUGCGCAUUACUGUGCGCUCUGAAUUUGCAUCAACUGUCUUGCUCUAUCUGGAGGACUGGCUGGAGAAGCUUUCACUGCCUGGUUGCGACAAGUCGACCCUCAUCCGUUAUAUGGCAAGUAGUGAACCCGAAAAUGCAAUUACGCCUCGGCAGAAGUCAGACAUUUUGAAUUCUCAUCGCCCAGCUGGAUCGACUACCCCGCCUGAGGCAAAUAAAGCUGCAGAUAUAUUUACCCAAGCAUUCCACCGCGUCUUUCACGAGGGUCAGCCUCUCACGAAACGGAUCAAGCUCCGUGACGUCCUUCUACUGGACGAAUCGGUCGACAGCAUAAUGGAAUCAAAACCGACCGCUAAGGACGGUCCCAGCACGCAAAACGAAAACGAACUCGACGCCAUCGAGUAUUGGCUAGGUAGUUAUUCGAUCCUUGGUUGUCAUAUUUGUUUCAGUCAUGCUUGCGAGCAUGGCGAAUAUGACGCGAAAAACGAUAAGCACGCACUCUCAAUGCUUCCUCGUCUUGCAGAAACCCUUGAACGGAGACGGCGCACCACUGACGAGGAAACCAACAUGAUGAAUGGUCAUGCGCGCCCCUGCAAACGGAAUUGCUUCCAGUCGUCGGCACACCCCGAGCCUCUGUCGGUUCAGCGGGCCUGGAGUAAAGAUGAACGUUAUAUUUUGCGAUGUAUUGUUGCAACAGCUGAUCACAGCAAAGUCAAAAGAGACCCCUUCUGCCUAGCUGCCCAGCUUCUUGACCGUGAUUGUAGCGACGUUUUCAACGAAUACGGGCGUCUCAAUAUAUCACUACCUCCGCUUGAGCCAGUGAGCAAGCCGGCAUUUCGAUCACUCACCUGGUACGAUAGGGUCAAGAAGGCUUUCAUUGGGGACUGGGAGAGUCACACCAAAACUCACAUGCAUCAAAAACGCGACACCUUCGAGCCCUGUUCCCACGAUGGCCCCUGCACUAACGACAGUUGCAUUUGUGCUAAGAACGGAGUUCUUUGCGAAAAGUACUGCGGGUGUUCCGUGGAAACCUGCACCUACAAAUUUACUGGCUGUGCUUGCCACUCACAAGGCAAAACAUGCCUUGCCAAACAAAGGGAUAGGCCAUGUAUCUGCGUGCAGUUGAAUCGCGAAUGCGAUCCAGAUCUUUGUGGAUCAUGUGGUGUACUGGAGAGAGCUGAUCCCGAGAACACUGACGACGAUGUUCUACAUUCGACUGGCUGCCAAAACUGUUCCCUUCAGCGUGGCCAAGUGAAGAGCCUCGCUCUUGGUGAGAGUCAGCUUGAGGGUGUUGGGUACGGACUGUUCACUGUUGAACCUAUCGCCCAAGACGAUUUCAUCAUUGAAUAUGUUGGAGAGUUAAUCAGUCACGACGAAGGUGUACGGCGUGAAGCUCGGCGUGGAGAUGUAUUUGAUGAAGCAUCUAAUAUCUCUUAUGUUUUCACCCUCUUGGAAAAGGAAGGUCUUUGGGUAGAUGCUGCGACAUACGGCAACUUGAGUCGUUACAUCAAUCAUGCAUCUGAGAGCGACAAAGACGGAUGCAAUAUCACGCCUCGCAUUCUCUAUGUCAAUGGCGAAUAUCGAAUUAAGUUUACGGCCCUGCGCGAUAUUAAAGCUGGAGAAGAACUCUUUUUCAACUACGGAGAGAACUUCCCUAACUUGACAAAGAAGCUGAUUGACGGAAAAAUAGAAGGGGGGCAAGACAAUAGCAAGAAGCGAUCAAAACGACCUAACGGAGAGGGAGUAGCUAGGAAGGCUCCAAAGACAGACAAGAAAAAAUCCGGAAAGGGGAAGAAAAGUCAAACAGCUCUUGACGACGAAGAGGCAUUGGCGGAGACACUUGGCUUCGCCCCAAAGCCAUUACGCAAACGCAAGAAGGGCGCUUUCGAGGAGGACUCGGAAGAAGAGGAGUACCGUCCUACUGGGACAGAUGUCUCCCUUCUGGAAACACCAUCCGAUGGAGAGUCAGAUUAUGAAACUAGCAAGUCGUCAGCGGCCAGACUUCGAAAACGUGCGCGAAAUGGUGGAAAAGCAACCGCAUCAGAGCAGGGCGGUAAAUCUCGGGGAGUACCUAAAACGCGAGGCAAACGAGGAGGUGCCAGACCCGGCAGUGGUCGGCCUCGAAAAUACAAACGAAAUCCGACUUCAGCCCCAGCGACUGUACCACCUAGACAGUCAGUCUCAGAGGAAACGGAAGAGCGAGAAGAGAAGCAAAUCGUGGUGCCGGAUACAAUUGUGCGCCCAAUUGUACAGCUACCACUGCCUGUGGAAGUUGUUAACGAUAGCAUGGAAGACGUGAGCCCCACAGAAGAAGGUGUUGAAGACUCCAGGCAGCUUCAAAGUCAAUUGGAGAAUGAUAACGCUGACGACGACGACAACGACGACGACGACGAUGACCAAGACGUGGUGGUUCGUUCGCGCAUUGACAGAGUCGGGAGACAUAGGCGCCUGCCGGCCAAGUUGAGAGACGACGGGGAUUGGUAG